AUGGCACUUGGUGUUUCCAGACAGUUGGCAGCACGCCUCAAUCUGCUUCUCAGCAGGGCAGCCAGUAGUGUUGCCAGUGUACCCUAUAUCCCUGAAACUGUAGUUACUCCGGAGGAUGGGAGACCUAUCUACCUGGACAUUCAGGCAACAACACCAGUAGACCCACGUGUAUUAGACGCAAUGUUGCCCUACCAGAUGGGCGCGUACGGUAACCCUCACUCGCGUACUCACGCGUACGGCUGGGAGAGUGAGGAGGGUGUGGAGAUAGCACGCGAGCAAGUCGCUCAACUCAUCGGAGCUAACCCUAAAGAGAUAAUAUUUACUUCGGGAGCUACGGAAAGUAACAACAUUGCAGUAAAAGGAGUUGCUAAGUUCUACCGUAAGAGGAAACAGCACGUGAUUACUGCAGCAACUGAACACAAAUGUGUGUUGGACAGUUGUAGAUACUUGGAAAAAGAGGGAUUUGAGGUGACGUAUCUACCAGUCCAAAAGAACGGAGUUAUUGACAUGGACCUAUUCAAAGCGAGCAUCAGACCCAACACUGGUUUAGUAUCGUUUAUGUAUGUUAACAAUGAGAUCGGAGUAACUCAGCCAGUCAAAGAGAUUGGUGAGAUUUGCAGACAAAACAAAAUCUUCUUCCACACUGACGCAGCGCAGGCUGUUGGUAAGAUUCCAGUGGACGUGAAUGAGAAUAAUAUCGACCUUAUGUCAAUAAGUGGACACAAGAUAUACGGGCCUAAAGGAGUGGGUGCUCUCUACGUUAGGAGACGACCUAGAGUGCGACUAGAACCUCUGCAAAGUGGAGGUGGUCAGGAGCGAGGAAUGAGGAGUGGCACAGUUCCCACUCAUCUCUGUGUGGGACUCGGGGCAGCCUGCUCACUUGCUCAACAAGAGAUCAGUUACGACCACGAUUACGUGAAGAUGCUUAGUGACAGGUUUGUGGAGAAAGUCACCUCGGAACUAACACAUGUGGAGCGGAAUGGAGACCCAGAGAGGGGGUACCCUGGCUGUGUUAACCUCUCAUUUGCUUAUGUUGAGGGGGAGAGUUUACUAAUGGCUCUCAAAGAUAUCGCUCUCUCCUCAGGUUCAGCUUGUACUUCUGCCUCUCUGGAACCGAGUUAUGUGCUGAGAGCGCUGGGGGCAGAUGAUGACAUGGCUCACUCCUCUAUCAGGUUCGGGUUUGGACGUUACUCGACAGUAGAGGAGGUAGAUUACACAGCUGAGAGGUGUAUUAAACACGUGACUAGGCUUCGGGAAAUGUCCCCCCUCUGGGAGAUGGUGCAGGAAGGGAUCGACAUCAAGACGAUUCAGUGGUCUCAGCACUAA